GACACUGAUAAAAAAUAAUGCGCAUGAGGAUAUGUCAUUAUCCUGUUACACUCUGCAAGGAGUUGCUUGUUUAUCCUAUACCCAAUUUUAUCGCGUUAGGUCAAAUAGCUUAAACGCACUCGUUCGUGGUCACAGCGUCACAGCAUCACAGCAUUCCGCAACAAGCACAACCAUUCGAAUUGGAUUCAAGGUAGGCCUAUUAGUAAUCGAGAUGGAAGACGAUGGAAGAAGAACGACUCUUGAACUGCUGUCGAUCUCCGAAAUCGGAAAUGUUUUUCUUGGUGGUCCAUUUGGUGGCCAAGUCGAUGACAUUUUCUUAAUCAAUUCGGAUGUGAAUGGCGGUAAGAAUAAUCUCUCGCGACUAUACAUCCGUCACGGUGCCAAUGUAGUCGCCUUCAACGUGUCAUCCAGCGGCAGCUCAGCACUUAACAAACCGGAAACAUGGACGCGACUAUGGAACCGCCGUUUUUUCAAUGAUGCUCAAAGGGCGUCGUACCCGUUGCAAACUUAUCCGUGGCUCGUUACCAAUACGAUGCUGAACGACGGAAGCGACGGAAUUGUCCUCCGCAACGAAGAUGAUGGAAUCGGUUUCUACCGUUUCCAUGCAAAUGAGAGACCAAUCCAAGUUCUAGGUCUGUCGCGUGACACCUCCUUUCGUGAUCUGUACGGAUGGGAUGAGGCCAACCGGUCCGUUGUCCUCGUCGCUCGAUUCUUUCCCGAUACCCGGCGGAUCGGAGUUAUGGCUCGCCAGAAGAUAGGAAAGGAAACGGAAGUGAAAUUUUACGGAGCAUCGCAGGAGCGACUCAAGACCCGAAAACCGCAUCCGCUUUUUCCAUUGAAGAAGAACAAGGACAACAGCGUAGUCGCAAAGAUUUCUGAGGCCAUCAACUUGUACACGGCGGAUGUUCAACGCAACGGACAAGAUUGCAUAGCAUUAAGAACGCAAACUCAAUUGGAAAUGUAUCGCUUUAAUGACAAAUACGAGCUCCAGCAAGUGGCCAAAGUGUCACUUGUGGACGGCCCUUGGACCCCUGAAUUAAAGGAGAAAUUCUUCUUUGUCGAUUUGACUGACCAGCCUUAUCUUGACGUUGUCCAGUUUAAUAGGCAUGGACUGUUUGUGUACCAAUUGGGAGGUAAUCAAUCGUCAACUAAUACCGCCAUCAAAGAUUAUACCUUGGUUCAUUAUCAUGCUGGAUUUUCCGACACAAACGGCUGGAUAGCGGAAUAUGACGAAUCGAUGCGGUUUGUAGAUGCUGACGGUGAUGGCCACGAUGACCUGCUCUUUACUGGUUCAAAAGGACUGACUAUCCUCACCUUCGAUCCGGUCCUUUUCUUGUGGAAAACACUGCUGGACCCAUCAUCGUCUCUGCUGGACACUCCGUUCCGAUUCGCCAAUGUAGUUGGAGCCAUUAAUGCCGUCAACCAAGGGGUUAAUAAGAGAGAGUCCGUUUUGUUCAUUCUGGAUGAAGAGAAGAGGCUUUUCGUGGGCCAUCUUUUGGUUAAAACAGUCUUGCACCCACCAAAAACAUCCCAUGAUUCCAGACUUGUUCCUGUUAUUACUAACCAAACGUUAUCUAAGACUUCUGCUGUUAAGAUCCCGUCUCAAGUGAAACGGACAACCCCAAUAUCAGAGAAACUUGUCUUGAGGUGGACAGAACAGUGGGCCGAGUCGUUAUCGAUUUCAAAUUUAGUCGAUCCUGUGGCAGGUUCCGUCGAUUUCACUUUGCCCAUCUUCGAAGCGAGUGUCUCCGAUCCAGCUAUCCCUUAUCAAAUUUCGCUUUCGUACCACAGCCAACAGGCCUCACUGUCCAACAUUGUCGGCUCAGGCUGGUCACUUCCUUUGCCAGACAACUGCAUUUCCGUCGACUAUCGAGGCAGUAUCUUUGCUGAAGACGCGGUAUUUUAUUUAACCGUGGAUGGAACUUUUUUACAACUGAAACCUAUUUGGACCGACGUCCAAGUUGACGAUGGAGUUCGGCUUUUUCAAGAAUAUUCACAACCUAAAUGGACAAUUAAAUUCCACCCAAAAGAGCAGCGCUGGGUAAUCAUCACUGAAACGGACACGUUUACCUAUGGAUCGACAAGGAAUAUGGAAGCCGUCCGCUGGAAUUUGAAUUGGCCGCUUUGGCGAGGACCAGGCAGUGAUGUCAAAUUGCUUAAACGAGUUCCAAUCGCUUGGUAUUUAAUCGAACAUCAGGUGAAAGAAAGCGGUAAAUCAAUUAUCUAUCACUACGAAAUCGAUUCUGUGGAAUACAAAAAUUCCCGUCCAGCGUCCAGCUGGACAGCGGCCAUUAGACUGAAACAAAUUAGCGUCGACUCAUCAACGACCAUCACUUUCAAAUACGCCAUCAAAGAAAAGGAGGAAUACAAAACAUUUAAUCACCCGUUUGAUUCCGAGAACUUUGUCUUCCCGGUACGGAUGAGGGAAUCCCAUUACUUAACCGGCUGCCAAAUCGUUACUGAGCACUACAGGCAAACGCUCAAAUUUGUUUAUCAAGUAGAAAAGGGUCGGCGCUUGUUAAUUGCCAUCGAGCAGCCAAUCAACUUGUCGGUAAGCGAAUCCAUCUUCCAGUUUAGUUACAACGAAGAAGAAGCCCAAUCUGCAGAGCGAUUGUUAACUGAAAUAAAGUUACCCAGUGAAUUAAAAACUCAAUUUCGUUACCAUUCUAUUGCUGCUAUUGAUUUACCCGAUCCUUAUUCGUCUGUAAGGCAUCCAGUCGACGAGAAACCUGCCAUCAGCUACAGUCACGACUAUGCGGCCAUUGUAUUCCGGCAACGUCAGCUACCCAACAAGAUUCAGGUGAAGAUUGUGGGUGCUGAAGUACUUGAAACAUUAGCCGAAUUAUCCCCUUUGCCAGUAACAACGCAGACGGAAGGGAAAAUUCGUUCUUAUAACGUAUCAUCCUUGCCAGACUUUUGUGUCGUCUUACUGGAAACGGAAAAAGGGAAUAAAAAACAAAUGUGUUUGUUCCAUCACCAGAGCAAGGACGGCAUCCGGAAGUGGAAUAAAGACCCCACCUGCGAUUGGUUUCGUGGCGAUGCGCUAAUAAGGUCCACCGAAGCUGGCGUGGCCGUAGUCGACAGCAAUGACAUUCUGAUAUUUCAAUUGUCAGCCGAUCGAUCGAAAUGGAUCAAACACAAACUAAAAUUACCAUCCAAUCAGUCUGUAAUCCGUCUCGAAAUGGAGGGUCAUUUAAUUGUUGGAUAUGACGACCGCCAACUUUUUGUUUGCCAUCCACAUGGAUCGAAAAGCAAAUGGCAAAUGCGCAUUAUUGAAACAAUUCCAAAUCUGUUCAGCGGAGGAUCAAGUAUCGUUAAAAAAUUCCGCUUACCAUCCGACACGGAGAAAAAAUUAAUUGAAACUCUUAAACAAGACAUCUUGCAGUUAUCGAGCAAUUCCUUCGUUCUCAGUUCAUUGCAUUUGUUGGAUGGCCAGCAGCUGUUAUUGCGGAUGCGUUUGUUUCUUUUGAAUCCCGACCACAAUGUGGUACUCCGCCAAGAAUUCAGCGUCAAAACCGACAAUAUUCUCCAGCUGAGGCACGAAUUCCACAAUGAUGGUACUAGUUAUCAACUGGGAUACAAAGUGAUGAACGAUAAUUUCUUCCGGUUGGCCGUCGUUGAUUUGUCAGGUGACUUAUGGUUGGACACUCAGAAAAACAGCCCACAACCCAGCAAGGAAGAAGUCCUGACAGAGAUAAACGCGCUGGAAAGUUUUCAAAAAUUGUUCGACACUGCAUUCCUAGUGAACUGGACUGCCCACCGUACGGUGAUAACAGCAAAGGGACUCUACGCUGGAAACAACACACUGAUACGAAUGACUGGCGGUGAUUGGCAACUGGAGGAAAUCAAAGCAAACAAAACGGAAAACAAAAAUAAUGACUUGAAUUUGAUAUCCAUAGGAAAUUCUUUCGUUCUAGAGGAAUCUGUUGCCAAUGCCAACCAGGAAGAAAAUAAUAAAAUGAGAAAUUUAACGUUGUACGCGCAGGAUCCAAUGGAUUCAAAUAAAAAAAUUGGCCAAGCACUUCACCGAUUGGAAAUCAGUCCGCCGGAUAAGAUCUUCAGUCGCUAUCCGGUGUAUUUGGCUUACGAGACUCGGUAUAAAAGCACGACCGUCAUAUUCUUCUCUGACAACGGGAAAACGUUGGGAACGGUUUUCACGUUCCCCGACGAGCAGCUGUUGGGUGAAAGCAGCUCCUACGAUCGGCUUACAACACUUGCCAGCAUAUCAAAAGAAGACGCAGCGGAAAAGUUUGCGUUGGUGACACGUUCCUUACGCUCGAUUAAUCCCAACAAAAAUGCUAAACGAAUAGUCGUUAAAUCGGUCAAGAUGAGCAAUAACAGUACGACACGCUCGACGGGUUAUGAAUGGGUCACCAAUGCCGAAGGCAACGUCAUUGCAACAAUAAUUCCCGGAAAUAAUCGCAAAUUAGCCGGAUGGAUCCAACAAACUUGGACGACUCGCGAGAUUUCAUCUUCUGGCGGGUGGAGCCAGACGUCAUUGGAGAUGUUUGGCGCUGAUGGCCAGUUAGUUCAAAAGAAAACCGAGAACAAUUCUGCCGAACCAUCAAAGACUCCAGAUGAAAGCAUCUUGUGGGACCGCAACAAGGGCCGGAUUAUCAGCGACUUCUCACCAUAUAAUUUAACCGACCAAUUGGCCUCUUACUAUGGAUUCGAAUCAUACGAAAUGAAUAAUUCCAGUUCUCCAUUCCGGUGGCGAUUUCCGGAAUCGAAUGUAGUGAAAAAGGGUUUCGCACUGACUGGAGAGAAUUACUUGCGAUUAAACGCUACCCAUCCGCUACUGGAAGGAAUGUUCACUCCAGCUGAUCAAGACCUUACUUAUGUCGCGUCUUGCUGGAUUCGGCCAUCCAACGGAAUCGAUUAUUUCGUCAGUACCACCGAGCAAAGUCAAGUCACGCCUUAUUUGAAAGCAAUAAUUAGUGUCAAUGAGACGGGAGAAGAAAUUGUGGGACUACUGGCUCGAAUCAUUCGCUCGGUUGGUGAUUGGGCUUACCUAGAAGUGUUGAUCAAUUUCGACAUUGUCAAGCGUCUCUAUGCGGAAAGUCAACAGGCAAGUCAAAACGAAAAGACGCCCCAGUUCACCAUAAAAUUAACUAUCGAUGCUGACCAGCAUGAUGACGGCCAUGCAGCUGAUCUGGAUGUCGAUCACGUCCGAUUUUCACCUGUUUUGCACGAUUUCAAAGCAACAGUUUUCAAUUCCGAUAAUGGGAGGCCGGUUUCUGUUAUCGGCUCCAGCGGAUCCAUCAGCCGAACCAUCUACUAUCGUGACCGUGAAAUGGCUGUUGUAGUAGAUGUGACUGUCAACGGCCAUCAGCAGGUGGAACAAGUAGCGACAUCAAGUUACACCGGUCGUUUAAUCCCCACGCCAAAUGGAUCAAUCGUCACCGGAGCUCAACGGAGUCGCACCGUUUUCUAUCCGGAGAAUGGCGGACUGUACGAAAUUUUUGACGCUUACGCUUGGCGGAACCGCUGGAAUGAUUCAUCUAAGGAUUCAUCGGUCUGGACCACAGCUCCGGCUCGACUGUGGCACAAUCAUCAACAAUCUCACCAACUCGUUAGUGUUGAUCCUUCCAUUUUGUUUGGUGCGGAAUCGUCUUCGGCAGCUAUCCGUUGCUAUUAUUCGCUGAUUUCUCCCACCGCAUCCAUGACUUGGAAAAUGGCAGGUGGACAAGUUCGAUUGGCCCGAAAAUCUGACAAGUCAUCCAGCACUUUGAUGUUUCAAGUCCAGCCGGACGCACCCCACACCACCGUGACAAAUUUACCUAAUAGCGGCGAAAUUAUUAUGAUGACCGAAGGCGGUCGUUUCUUCAUCUGGAUCGAAAGUGUCCUUCUUCUAGACCGUCUAGUUGCUUCUUUAUCCGCUAAAAAUCCAUGGACUUUUUUCGCUUUUAAGGCUCAAGGAAACACCUUCGUCGAGGAUUGCGUUUUCAUGGGAAAUCCACGAACCGAAAUGGAAUACAUGAACGAAUGGGGCGAGAAAAUUCAAACCAUCCAGCUGGAGUCGGAUAGAUCCGUUCUUGUGUCGCAGACCCUUUACGACAAGCUCGGUCGAGAGGGAAUCAUAACCAAACUAACAAGAGUCAGCGUAGAUGAAGCAAAGCCACUGCUGACUUACUACUCGGAUUUCGUCAGUGGACCCAUUGAUCCAGAGAAUUCCCUUUCAGUAUGGAAGACCCAUCGCCUGCGAGGGAUGGUGGAUCGUUUGAAUCCGCUCGACAAAGGAGUACCUUACUUUCGCACCGAAUAUGAAACUAAUCCGCUGAAUGAAAAACGAGUGGAAGGACAACCCGGUCCGGAUUUCAACGUUAACGGUCCGUACGCCAAGAAAUUUGGAACAUCGGCCGGCGGAAUGGAUGAAAUCGCCGUUAUCAACAAUCAUUUCCCGACGAGUAAUGGCUUCCGGCAUAAAAUGAAAGAAAUGCCGAACGGAACUAAAAAAGUUGCUGUCCUGGAUCAACAGGAAAACAGAGUGGCCCUUUACAUCUACGUGCCCGGCCAUGAUCAUUUGCUUAGCACUUAUGAAUACGAUUCCAAGAACCGGCUCAUCAAAAUCCUUCCACCAAUCUAUCACGAACGUGCUGACACUUUUAUGAAGUCCAAACCGUUGUGGCCUGUAACGAAAACAAAACUUUCUUCUGAAGAAAUACGUUUGCAGAAAACUCUGGGUAUCUUUAUGACCUAUAACGACGACACUGGGCUACUUAUUCGCAAGACGACCCCAGACACUGGACACUUUGAGUAUUAUUAUAACAGAGAUGGCCAACUCCGUCUGCAAGUUCAUUCCGUUUCGGAAGAAUCCAACGAAAUUGAUAGCGUCGUAUUUUACGAGUACGAUGACAACGGACGAGCAGUCGCCCGUACGGGAUUUUUGGAACAAAUGCCCAUGUCUCGCCAAAAAUUCAAAAAUUCCCUAGCUGAAGGAUCGCUGGCCAACGCCAAUUUUUACCAGUUAAUCGAUCGAACAGAAGCGGAAGAACGACACUACGAUCCGUCGGUGUUGAGAGGUGAACGUAACGCCACCUUUGUGACUCAUAACUUUGACGACAACGUUUUAGUGGAAGAGAUGCGCUGGGACAGCCAAGACCGCUUAAUCGAAUUUAAACAACUGGUUUCCUUUGAUCAGCAGGCUGAUACAGAAAUCAGGAAGACAUACUACUCUCACAGUAACCGACUGCGAUCAAUUCAAUAUCCGUCAGUCAGUGGCGAAAAUAAUCUGGGCGUCAAACUGGAACAUCAUUACAAUAAACUGGGGCAGCUGAUUGCAUUGAGUUUGGAUGACCAAUCUGGAGAUAUUGUCCGUUUCAACUACCACGGAAGUGGACAAUUGGCUAGUGAACACGUUCUACCUGGAAGCCAACACAAUUUCAAUCGAACUUUUCAUUACAAUUCGCCUGGCUUCUUAGAACAGAUAUCUGAUCCUUUCCUAACCGAAUUGGUGUCAUACACGGACGGUGGAUACGGCCAAGGUGGAACCGGUGACGGAAUUGUUAUGCGGACGGCAUUCAACGCUACGUGGCCCCCUACCGCCGACUGGCGUUGGUUCCAACUGACGAAUCAUUCAAAGCUAAUGUUAGAGUCAAACUCGUCGGCUCAGCUGUGCUUUAAGGCUCUCAAACGCAACGGCUACUUGACUAAGACUGGUCGUCCUCUAAAAGAUUAUCACUUCGCAAUUAGCGAUGGCAAGACUUGGAUGCCGCUAGUGUGCGGAGGACCGAAUGGCCAACAGAUGGCUCGAAUAUUGGCUCAAAAGCGGAUGCCUAGGAUUUACGGGCACAGUUAUGCUUACGGAAACCACCGGGAGCUUGUUAAAGCCAAAUAUUUUACAGAUGAGACGGAGAAGUUGGCCGUUCCAUUCCAGCCGGACACGCUGUCCCGUCAAACGGCCUUAAAUAAGCAACAAUCGCGCGACGUUUGGAAGCGACUGGAUGACGCUGGAUUGAUUGUGUCUGAUCAAAGGAAAUCCGACUGGUUGACGGCCGUGGCCAAUCCAGGGAAAUCUUUCACCCGCAGUGACGAUUUAAAGACUCUACUUGCGGCUGUCACGGGCACUCAAGAGGACGUCACACUUUACCGGAAUCUCAUAGAAAAGAUGAUUUUGAAAGAAAUUGGACAACGACGGAAUAAAUUAUCAACACUGGACGAAUUUCAGAAAAUAUUCCUGCAAUGGAGUGGCUUCGACGACGGAAUGCCGUUUGCCGAUUCCGAAAAAUUGAGGCGGGCGGCCGAAAAAGUCCACCAGGUAAUAAUGGGAAAAGCCAAAGACACCACGGAUUGGCUGGAUGCCAAGUUGAGGCAAAUAUUCAACGCGCCUCAAUAUUCAAAAUACUUGGCUGAUUUCAUCCGCAUCCUUGACCAACAUUUCACUUACGCGCUGGGCGAACAUCCAUUUGACGUGGCCUCGUUUGAUAUCGACGCAAAUGGGAACCACAAGAAAUUCUACACGGGUUUCAAUCGCUACGAAUUUUCAUACGAUGACGAUAAAGCAAAUCAGAUCCGGUCUGUCAAAGUGGAAGAACCGGGUCAACUCGACGAUAAGGAAGCGAAGACGAUGCUUCACGAUACCCGUGGAAACGUCAUCCAAGCGCUUCACAAAGGCAUCGAACGGAUAGAAUACAACAACGCAUCAAUGCGGACGACGGCCAUUCACCUGACGGACGGGAGGACAGUCCGUUUCGCCUACGACGCCCAUGGUGAACGCAUUCUCAAACGAGUGAUGGCCAAGGAUGGCCAUUUAAUCCACGAGACGCAUUAUGUCCGUGACACAGAAGGUAAAGUUCUUUUCGAUCGACGAACUACUUAUUCCUCGGCGAGUUCGUCGUUACUUCCGGAAUUGAAAGACGCAGCGGCUGUAGUCGUGUCCACGUCUUACAUCUACGGCCCUCGCGGACUCCUCGGCUUCGUUCGCAACGGCGCAUUCCACAGCGUGUGGACCGAUCACUCCGGCUCCAUCCGGUUGGUCUUACGAGAUGGCCAAGUGGUGGCCGCUUACGAUUAUCUUCCUUACGGCCAAUUAAUGCGCUCCUACGGAAGUGAUCCGGCGACUGAAAUUUUCUACCGUUACACCGGGCAAGAAUGGGAUGGAGAAACGGGACUUUACAACUAUCACGCACGAUUCUACGAUCCGGAUAUUGGACGGUUCUAUCAACCGGAUCCUCGCGAACAAUAUUUUAAUCCGUACAAGUACGUGGGCAAUUCACCCGUCUCGCUGGUAGAUCCCGAUGGAGAAUUUGGACUUUUAUUGGGACUAUUAAUUGGUUUGUUUGCGGUUGGCGGUGCUUACUUGGGAGGAGCUACAGCCAACAAUAACUGGAAUCCGGCUAAGUGGGAUUGGAAGAGUGGCAAAACUUGGUCCGGCAUAAUUGGAGGUGGAAUAGGUGGGGCCAUGAUACCCAUAGGAGCUGUUGCAGCAACUGCCGCUAUAGGGAUCCAUGCAACCGUCUCGCUCGGUUUGGUAACCGCUUACGUCUCAGCGGCUGCAGCCAACAAUAAUGCGGACUAUACCAAGUGGAAGUGGCAUGAGCCGGGCACUUAUAACGCACUUUUCCAGGGUGUCAGCACCGGAAUGGGCAUCGUUGGAGGCGGUGCAGUGGCUCACCAGUUCGCCAAUACAUUUGGGAAGCUCGGCAAAUUUUUGAUUUUAGGAGGAACUUAUACUACAGCUGCUGGCUUUGCCUACGGUAAAGCAGUAUCGGCCAAUAACGGAGAAUUUGCACCUUGGAAAUGGGACUGGACCAACCUGAAUACCCUCAACGCCUUACUAGAAGGUGUCGACAGUGGAAUCGGUUUACCUAUCGAUUUAACUCAAAUGGGUCGUGGAAUAUUAAAAUUGGCUAAAAAAAGUCCCAAACAGUUAUCGACCCUUCUUCCUAUGCUGAAAAAAUUCGAAUUGAAGCAACUGAAUCCUUUACUUAAAAGUAUUGCUAAAGGACCUACAGGCAAAGUAGCCGCUGCAGCUGUCACCGCCUAUUUGAUGACCAGUAUGGCCAAUGAGAAUUUCGAUCCUAGCGGAUGGGAUGCCAAUUCAUUUGCUACUUACGAAGGAUUCUUGAAUGGCCUGAUUUUUGGCACAAGCGCUCGCAACAUGCUGAAAGCGGGAAACAAACAAGUCCGUCAUUUAAAAGCUAAAGCGAAUAAUGCGCUGAAAGUGAAACUACCAAAAUUGGUGACUAAAAUGCGAUUCGACAUGGGACGGGCGUUUGACAAUAUCCGAUCGGGAAAAAUUCAACGUUGGAUGAAACAUAAUCUUUUUCAGUUAAAAACGACCCGCAAAUUGCUCCUCUCCAAAGACGGACUUCAAUUUUCGACCAAUAAGAUAUCGGGUAAAAAACUGUUGGAACUGCCAAACGCUCAGAAAGUAGCGUUGCAUCUACUGGAGGCUAUGGAAGAUGCCAAGAAUCAAAUGAGAAACCGGGAGAACGAAGCGUUUGCAGACAGGGAGAUGGGGUCGUUUGGAUGUCGCCCGGGACUUAGAAAACGUCGCAUGAAACGAGGAAACUCGAAUUCCAAAUGUCCCAUAGCCUUACCUAACACUGAACUGCAAGCAAAAUUUGAUGAAAAUCCUGUCAAUGUCUUUAAAGAAACAGCAAUCAGCACUCAAUCCAUAAUAACCAAUCCAAAAGAAAUGCCCUCUAAUGGAAAAACGUAUCCCUUCCAAUUGGUUUCUACAGAAGGCUCCGGUUACAACUUGAUUGUUCGUACAUCAUCAAGCGAUCCUUCUGCAAUCCAGGGCUAUUGGCUGAGCACGAGAGAAAAGAUUCAGAUCGACCCAUUUAGCGAAACACGGUUCAUUGUUACGGGAGAACUGCAGGGUUGUUCCAUUCACGUCAAGUACGACUACGACAACAUAGGAAACGACGGAAGACACGAGCCCAAAAUGACAGUUUUUCAUCACUACCGCUACUUCCCAUACAGCAUUCACUUGGAAGAUGGUCAUUACAUCAACACUAAAGAUGGGAAGAGGAUCCGGGAACUGGACGGCGCCAGGGAAUUGUUUGACGAAAAUGGAAAUGUGUUACCUCCAAUAAAUGGUGGUAUUGUUCCUUUGGAAAAAAUAUACAAGAAGGAUGAGAACGGCAAUUUAAUUCAAGUCAAAGAGUUGAAUAAUGAAAAGAUAGAAACAAUAAUAGAGAAAAAUCUUUCACUCCAGCGGAUUGAGGAUAACUUGGCUGCCGAAUACGACACUGCUAUUCGAUUCGAGGAUUACGUGGGCUUGCCGAAUGAUUAUACUAUUUUGAUGCAUCGCAAACAUUUACCCAAAACUUUCACUACGGGCAUUCUUUACCGAAAUACCGCUGAUGGCCAAUGGUAUUUUUUGUCGCAAAAUAUUGAAUACCUACCAAGUAGGAAUGAUUUAGUUAAUAGACAGAACUUUAACUUACGUGUAAAACCGUUUGAGGAUAGCUACAAAAUUUUUUCAGAAUUAUAUCAUUCCGAAAGCAAUCUAGAAAAACGCCCUACAAUAGCGGAUUACUUUCACUGGCAACAAAUAGGUUUGCAUCAACGUACGGAUAAACCCGCAUUCAAUUUGCACAUCCGGAAACUGGACUCGAUUCCGCGUUCCCAAAAUGAAGCAGUUUCCUUUGGAAAUAUGAGACUCAAAAGCAGAAAAGAGUUUAAAGACUUCGUGCAAUCUCAACAGUCACCCAGUAGCAGUAAGAUUAAUACACCAGCAGCACGAAGCCGAUGGUCGGAUAAGGUAGACGUUGGUGAUGUGCGGCCGCGUGCUGGUAUAGGUCGAGACCGUCGGUCUGCCUUCCUGGAAAUAAGAAACACAACUCAUCCACUCCAAUGCCAAUCAACGAAUGUUUUUACUUAUCUGAAUGACAGCACUCGUGAGUUUAGUUAUCCUUGUUCAUCCCCUUAUUUAGUUUCCAGCGCAUCUCGCCCUGAGAGCUGGAUCAAUUUAAUUUUGUCCACUAUAAGCCGUCAGGUUAUGGCAUCUGUCGUCUUGUUUGAUCCUCUAUUUGACUUUGUCACAGUGUCUCUGCUAUCUGAUGUUCCCAUAAAAAUUAGUCGUCCACAAUUCCAACAGGAUCAAGUAGUCGAUCUAUCGCCUCAAGUUGGAGUGCCUCCAACUGCUUACCGUGACGUCUCCGCCGGUAAUUGUUAUUCCUAUUCCACAGACACCAUGGUUUGUUACGGACAUCACGGACGAACGAUGUUAUUUGCCCAAUCACCUUCGGUCGACACAAGCCCUCCCCCGUUGCAACAGGAUCAAGACACGUUCCACGACUGCCGGCCGAUCGAGUGGCACGGCCAGCCAUCGGUGACUUGCCGUGGAGAUGAAACCACUUUCAUUCACCUCCCGUACACCAAAAACUCAUCAGCUGCUAAAUUAUUCAGCGCCGUUGAUGGAUGGCUGAUUUUAGCUUACGCAGCACCAGGAAUUUACAGAGAGAUUUCAAAAAUGGCCAGUCACGUCAAGAACGUUUGGACGGGUUCAGUCUGUAAAAUCCCUGUUCCUAUAAACGACGAGGAUAAAAAAUUGUGGAAGAUGCAACUGGAUAAACUGGAGGAAAUCGUACGAGUCCAACUUCAGUCAAAUCACCAGGUAGAUUGGGCGUUUCCGUUGAUUGAAGAACUUCAAGAGCAGAUUAGUUCUCUAAGUAGCAAAACGAUAGCCAAAACAAUGGAUGAUGUAAGAGCGUUAAAAACUAUGACUGAAAGACUAUCGGCCCUCAGAGAAGAUAUUGAAGAAAUGACGCAUUUAUGUCCAACAGAGCACGACGAAGAGGACGAUGACAUAAUUUUCUACGACUGUUGUGAAGAUGAUUUUUCAGUUGAAAAGGAGACUACGAACGGAUACAUUAAAAACGCUGAAUCAGUUUCGGCUCAAUUACAUCAUUUGACGCGUUCUAAUAUGUCUGCAUGCGCAAUUUAACAAACAAUGUUCUUUCAAGUGUGUAAAAAAAAAAGAUGUAAGAAACUUGUUCAAUAUUCAGAGAAUUUAACAACAGGAAACAAAAUAAAUCCCAAUAAAAUAAAAGGAUUGCGCCACCA